GGAAAACGAGUCAGGGGUCGGAAUAAAUUUUAGUAUAUUUUGUGGGCAAUUCCCAGAAAUUAAUGGCUAUGAGUUCUUUUUUGAUCAACUCAAACUAUGUCGACCCCAAGUUCCCUCCGUGCGAGGAAUAUUCACAGAGCGAUUACCUACCCAGCGACCACUCGCCCGGGUACUACGCCGGCGGCCAGAGGCGAGAGAGCAGCUUCCAGCCGGAGGCGGGCUUCGGGCGUCGCGCGGCGUGCACCGUGCAGCGCUACGCGGCCUGCCGGGACCCUGGGCCCCCGCCGCCUCCGCCACCACCCCCACCGCCCCUGCCACCGCCCGGGCUGUCCCCUCGGGCUCCUGCGCCGCCGCCGGCCGGGGCUCUCCUCCCGGAGCCCGGCCCGCACUGCGAUGCGGUCAGAAGCAGCCCCCCGCCGCCUCCCUGCGCCCAGAACCCCCUGCACCCCAGUCCGUCCCACUCCGCGUGCAAAGAGCCGGUCGUCUACCCCUGGAUGCGCAAAGUUCACGUGAGCACGGUAAACCCCAAUUACGCCGGCGGGGAGCCCAAGCGCUCUCGGACCGCCUACACUCGCCAGCAGGUCUUGGAGCUGGAGAAGGAAUUUCACUACAACCGCUACCUGACGCGGCGCCGGAGGGUGGAGAUCGCCCACGCGCUCUGCCUCUCGGAGCGCCAGAUCAAGAUCUGGUUCCAGAACCGGCGCAUGAAGUGGAAAAAAGAUCACAAGUUGCCCAACACCAAGAUCCGCUCCGGUGGCACCGCAGGCGCAGCCGGAGGGCCCCCUGGCCGGCCCAACGGAGGCCCCCCCGCGCUCUAGUGCCCCCCUUGAGGGAGCCGCGAACCUCGGGGUGGGGGUGGGCAGCGAGCGCGGGGGGUGUGGGGGUGGGAGGGGGCCCCGGGGCCUGGGCCUGGAAAAACCUACCUGCCCUCCCCCAACUUUAUCUAUAUAGGAAUAAACGCAGAAGAGGGGGAGGGGAAGCUUUAUUUAUAGAAAUGACAAUAGGGAGCCAGGGAGGCCCCCCAGAAGCAAGGUUCAAGUCUUCUGCUUUCUUCCUUAAAAGAAAGGAAGGAAGGAAGAAAAUACGAAAGAAAGAAAGAAAACAAAGAAGAAGGAAGAAAGAAAAAAAACAGGGAAAUAGGAGGAGGCUGCAGCUCUUCGUUUUCAGCUUUGGUGAAGAUGGAUCCACGUUUCAUCUUUAAUCACGCCAGGCCCAGGCCCAUCUGUCUUGUUUACUCUGCCGAGGAGAGGACGGGUCUCGGUGGCGACCAUUACCUCGACACCCAGCUAACAAAUGAGGCCCGGCUCCACCGCCGCCGCCUCUGCUGCUGCCGCUGCUGGAAGACAGCCUGGAUAUUCUUUCUUUGUCCCCCACUCCUGACACCCAGCGAAAGCACCCUCUGACUGCCAGAUAGCGCAGUGUUUUGGCCACGGUAACAAACACAUACAUAACCUCCCUCCUCCUCCGUGCCCUUCACGGGGGGACUGUGACUGCUCACCCCCUUCCACCUUGGGGCUGGGGGGCCUGGGGAAUAGAAGGAAGGGGACAAGUCGGGGAGAGGGCAGCCUUGACAACACAGGAGCGAGCAGGCAGGGAAAUUGAGUCCAAGGAAAAAAGAGAGACUCAGAGACCGGGAGGGCCUUCCUCUGGAAGGCCAAGCCAUGCCUGGCAGCCUGAGGGGCCAGUUGAAUUCUGGGAGCCGGGUACCACGCUCUCACCAAUCCAGAGUUGUACAGUGGAGGCCUCUCUCCUAGACUGAAAAUGAAUGUGAAACUAGGAAAUAAAAUGUGUCCCUCCCAGUCUGGGAGGAGGAUGUUGCAGAGCCCUCUCCCAUAGUUUAUCAUUGUUGCAUCGUUUAUUAUUAUUAUUACUAUUAUUAUUAUUGCUAUUAUUUUAUGUCGUGUGCGUCCUCUCUCCUUUUCUCUUUCUGACAUUCCAAAUCGGGCCCCUUCCCAUUUCUGGGGCUGCUUGAGUCUAGAACCUUUCGUUGAUGUGAAAUUGUGUGUCCUGUACAGAGUGACAAUAGAAAUAAAUGUUUGGUUUCUUGUGACCAGCA